AUGUCUUACUUUCUUCCCCACCUUCCUACUGGCUGGCAUGUGGACCAAGCGAUUCUAUCCGAAGAUGACCGAGUCGUCGUCCUACGCUUUGGUCAUGAUUGGGACUCUUCCUGCAUGAAGAUGGACGAGACUCUCUAUGGUGUGGCCGAGAAAGUCCAGAAUUUCGCUGUCAUCUACCUGGUCGACAUUACCCAGGUUCCGGAUUUCAACAAGAUGUACGAAUUGUACGAUCCGUGUACAGUCAUGUUUUUCUACCGAAACAAGCACAUAAUGAUUGAUUUGGGAACGGGUAACAACAACAAAAUCAACUGGGCUAUGGACGACAAACAAGAGAUGAUUGAUAUUAUUGAGACCGUGUACCGUGGGGCUUCAAAAGGUCGCGGUCUUGUUGUAUCUCCAAAAGAUUAUUCUACUCGCUAUCGCUAUUAG